AAAUAUUGAACAGAUCUGUUUGUUUAAAAAAAGAAGGGACGAACGACGCGUCUGCAGAAACAGCGGCUGAGAAGCUGUCCGCGUUUAGUGUAUUAGGAUAGAUAAACGACGAUUAUUCAGUAUACGUUAGCUAAAUCAAUAGAUUUGAACAAAGAAACUCUUAUCGGAAUGGAUCCGUUUACCGAGAAACUCCUGGAGAGGACCCGUGCUCGCAGGGAGAACCUGCAGAAGAAGAUGGCAGAGAGACCCACUGCUGCUAACAGACAGAUGGCCAAGCGAGCUAGGGAGCCUCUGGCUGAGACCUGCAACAGCCUGGUCACAGUGCCUGUCAUCGAAAAAGCCCCUCACCCAUCCAGCAAGCCCUCUCCCUCAAAGCGGAGUCGUUCAGGUGAACUUGGCCAGCCCACCAUGAUUGGCGAGGAGAACAGGGAGCCUUCAAUGACUCCUCGCACCCUGACCCCUUCUCUGACAGACCCCCAGACUGACCGGAAGCCCCCAACAGGCCCAGCCAGCAUCCGCUCUGCCGCCUCUUCUUUGGAGAGGGUGGCUGUCCGCCCUCCUGCUCCCGUUCCUGAACCAGAGCCCAUGCUGGCAGCACAGCUUGUCCCAGAGCAGGCCAGGGAGGUAGCACGCUCUGCCCCAGAACUAGAGAAAGUGGCUGUGAGUGCUGCUCCACAGCCACAGAGGACCAAGAAUGUGGAGGUUGUGCCUGCUAGCCCGGUUCUUCAGAGGAACCGAGAAGCGCAGAGGGAGGCUCCCACCUCCUCUACCCCUGCUGCCAUGAAGUCUCGCCUGGCCAGACUGGCUGAACAGAGGCAGUACUGGGAUUCUGAAGGUACCUCUGAGGUUCCAGACAUCCCAGCAGCUCUGUCCCCAGUAAAGAGCCAGGCCCACCCUAGGCAGGCUGUGGCCCCGGUACCCACACCUGUCCCUGCUGCUGCAUCCUCAGAAGCCUCCGUGGGCAGGAAGGGUCGACUGGCCAACCUCGCUGCCAGCAUUGGGUCCUGGGAGGACGACCUCAGCCAUGCCGCCCCUCGUAGCAGAGACUAUGCACAAGGGAACCCUGGUAGUGUCAGUAUCGCCACCGCUGCUUGGAGGAGAGAGGCAGGUGCCAAACCCAUCUCUGUGGCUGCAGACCGGACACAAAUGAGUCAGUCUUCAAAUAGCAAGCCUUUUCCGGACUCCAACCAGCAGCCUUUCAACUCCCCAGUCAAGUCCACCGGAGUGGUUCUUCCCAGCCCCCAGAAGACUGACGUAAAUGAUGCRAGACCAGCUAGACAGACUAGCAGAGGUCUCCCCUCUCCUUUACCCAGUCCCCAGAGGAGUUGCCAGGGUAGAGCCUCAGCCUUCACACCCAGCUCCCAAAAAGGUGCUCCCUCCGCCUCACCUGUGCCUCAGAGUCCCCUGAAGAACCAGGCCCUGUCCCGAGCCCUGGAGGUCAACGCCAGCCCCAAGAAGUCAGAGCUCCCUACACAGCCCUCUAACACUGGGCCCUCUGUCCUGCAGACCAGGGAGAGGUUCACCAAGGAAACCACCCCGGCCACUCCCCUGCAGCAGAGCGGCACCGCAGGAGCAACUGGAACUCCAGGUGUCAAGUCGUUCAUGGAGCGUUUUGGGGAGAGGUGCCAGGAGCACUCCAGCCUGAGUUCCACUGAUACCAGCCAUGGAGCUGCCGCUCGUACCCCAACCGUAGUAAACCCGUCUGGGGCAGGCCUGGCUGGUCAUACCCCUGUGGUAAGCCAGUCUGGGACCCCCAACACCAGGCUGGUGAAGGAGAGGCUGAGAGCUGCCCAGCUUGCCAACACCACCACCGCUGACCUUGCACAGAAACUGGAGCGCGAGUCGGAACUUGCUCAGAUUCGUAACCGGUUCCAGAAAGGGAACAACAUUUGGAAGAUCAAGGCUGAAGUGGCAGACACCAAGAGAAACACAGAGGCCAAGGAUCUGAUUGAGCAGCCUGAUGAGCAAACUGCUUCCCCUCUGGAUGGCCUGAAUGCAGCACCCAAAAAACUKAAUGUAACUGCUGCCACCAACCCAACCUCCAGCCCUGGGAAGCAAGUAGUAUUCUCAGUGGAGGAAUCAGACGAAGAUGUGAGUCAUGAGCUAGAGGUGAACGUGGACCAGUCCAUCAACUCUGAUGUGAUCAACGAGAUAUUUGACGGGCUCCAUGACCAGAGCGAGGUGCAGAGUGGUGAGGAGGAAGAUAAAUUGAACAUCUCCUCUAUGUCCAUCCUCGCCCCCUUCUCUGAGACUGUGGCUGCUGUGGUCAAAAGCCCAGUGAAGAUGAUGAUGUCAACUCCAGCCAGUUCGUUCAACGCUAAGAGCCUAACUCCUGACAGUGUUUCCAGACCCAGUAAGUUCCAGAGGGCUCGCAUGCUCCGGGCUGGGUCAUCAGACAGCCUAGAGACAGAUGAUGGCCACAACCUGCCCUACAGUAUUGAUGCGUACAGGUCGACCAGGAUCAAGGACAGUACGGAGAGGCCUCGUGUGAGGCAGGUCAUCGUGAGGAAGGAGGAUGUGUCUCGUAGAGCAGCAGAGGAACCCAGGAGCCAAGGACACACCAACGUCAAACAGAAGAUGCAGGUUCUGACCAAUGAGAUGAACCUGCAGCAAACAGUGAUCAGCCAGGCUAGCCAGGCCCUGAACUGCUGUACUGAUGAGGAGCAUGGGAAAGGCUCGCAGGUGGAGGCAGAGGCUGAGAGGCUUUUGCUUAUAGCCACUGAGAAGCGGGGGGCCCUGAAGGCAGAGCUGCACCGUCUGAAGGGAGAAGGUCCUAGCGGUCAAAUGGGGCAGGGUGGAGACAUGGGGGUCACAGCCUCCAAGGGAUCCAUCUCCCUCCUGGAACUACGACUGCCCCUCAAAGCUGACUUUGUCUGCUCCGCUGCUAACAAUCCAGAGUGGUCCAGCCAUUACUUCUUCAUCAUGAUCCGUGCUGGAGCUGAGAAUACAGUUGCUACUCCCCUAGCCAGCACACGUAGCGCUAUCAGUGGAGACGCGAUCACCUUCUCUACCAAGUUCACCAUGCCUGACGUCUCUAAUGACUUUGCAAUUGAUAUUGAGGUUUACUGCCUGGUGCAGAAGCGUGAGUUGAACCCUGACAAGAGGAAGAAGCCCAGCAAGUCAAAGGCCAUCACUCCCAAGAGGUUCCUCGCCAUCACUAAGAGCAGUCUGACUCCAGUGGUGGCCAGUCCUGGGGGCCCUAAUGCAGUACGCACCAGUAACUUUGUCCUGGUUGGGUCUCACAAGCUAACGCUAGCCUCUAUUGGGAAAAACAAGUUCUCAUUGGAGAAGAUCGAAUAUGAAGGCAUUGAAAGAGCACUUCUCAGAGACAUGUUUCACAGCAAGGUGCCUUUCCUGUGCCCCUUGGAGGGACACCUCUACCUGAAGAUGCAGUGUGAGGUGGGCUCCUUGGUGGAGGAGAGAGGCUUCUUGACAAUGUUUGAGGAUGUGAGUGGGUUCGGAGCAUGGCACAGGAGAUGGUGUGUCCUGUCAGGAUACUCUAUCUCCUACUGGACCUACCCUGAUGAUGAGAAACGCAAGAACCCAAUAGGACGCAUCAACUUGGCCAACUGCACCAGUUGUAAGGUGGAGCCAGCCAACAGGGAGUUCUGUGCCCGGCCCAACACAUUUGAGCUGAUCACCGUCCGGCCUCAGAGAGAGAGUGACAUAGAGACGCUCGUCAGCCAGUGUAAAAACACAAUGUGUGUCACCAAGAACUGGCUGUGUGCCGACACCAAGGACGAGAGGAACGUGUGGAUGCAGAAGCUCAACCAGAUCCUAGUGGACUUGCGCAUGUGGCAGCCAGACUCCUGCUACAGGCCUGUUUGAGCACAGAGCCCCCGACCGGACCCGAGGGUAACACCCGGAAUGGCUCUGGGUCUCAUAUGGACUGUCACUAUCAGUGACACGAUGACUAAGUGCAAUACAGUAUGAGAGUUAUUAAAUACGAUUUACCAGUGGAUGGUAUUUUUAGAGGUGCUUUAGUGGCCAGUCAAGACCGUUUAAGUUUGGGAUGGGCAACUGGCAGAUCAAUCCCCCCCAACUCAGUCAGGGUCUCAAUUUACUGUUGAGAGUUAUAGUAGACUAUACAAGGUGUAAUUUGGUUGUGAAUCAGCAGUUUUUUUUAUUUUUAUGUUGUCAGCCCACAUCAGCUAACAUUUUUUAGGUUGUCUAGCCAGCUAUCUAAACUUGUGGUAGGCAUAGUUGAAUUACA